UAAACCUCAUCGAAGAAGGAGACGAAUUUCUUCAUUGCAAAUCAUUUCCUAUAUGUGAGAUAAUUUACUUGUUCUCUGUAAUAUCGUAUAGCUUUGGAAUAGUGACAUGACCUACUGUGGAGGAAAAUAUGCAGGUUUCUGGACUCAUACCCUGACUCUGAGAAGGGAUUGCGUUACGAUUAGUUUGGCAACCGCGUGACCCAGAGUGACAACCUGAACGCGAUUGUUCUACAGUCUGCUGGGUGAGGCGUUAUACGUUCCUCCAUUCAUUGACGAAUGAGAUUCCUAGAUCCUCCUUUCUCUAAUAUCUCUGCAAUGAGCUCUUAAAUCGAGAUCGCUGUGUAUUUUGCUAUUGCAUGGCCAGUGUGAGCCAGAAUGUCUGAAGAAACAAUAGCUUCCCCAACGGAUCCGGACAAAGGUAGCCCGUUCCCCUCCACCCUCCCAGAGUCCCCAGGUCAAACACCUCCUGGUACCACUUUACUGCAGGGUCUGGUCGACUGCAGGAAAACACCGGGGCAGAGUGGAACUGAGAGAGGAGGAGGAGAAGAGAAGGAAGAUGGAGAUUUGAUUUCAUUAAGUAAGAACCAUGGGGACAGCCCUAACCAUUGCUCUCUCAGUGGGAAGGGCUUAUCAUCUGGGGAGGCUCAACAACAACAUGAUUCUGACAAGACGUCUCUCCAGAAGAGUCACUCCAGAUCAGAACCUCUCACUAAACACAAGCAGAGACGUAUAGGGAAGAAACCUCCCCACCGCUGCUCUGGCUGUGGGAAGUGUUUUUCUAAACAGACGGAGUUGCGGAUUCACACUGCAGAGAAGCCUUAUAGCUGUGAUCAGUGUGGGAAGAGCUUCAAUCAUUCAGGAAACCUGAUUACACACCAACACAUACACACAGGAGAGAAGCCUUAUAGCUGUGAUGAGUGUGGGAAGAGCUUCAAUCAUUCAGGUGCCCUGACUAGACACCAACGCAUACACACAGGAGAGAAGCCUUAUAGCUGUGAUCAGUGUGGGAAGAGCUUCAAUCAUUCAGGUGCCCUGACUAUACACCAACGCACACACACAGGAGAGAAGCCUUAUAGCUGUGAUCAGUAUGGGAAGAGCUUCAAUCAUUCAGGAUCCCUGAUUACACACCAACGUAAACACACAGGAGAGAAGCCUUAUAGCUGUGAUCAGUGUGGGAAGAGCUUCAAUCAUUCAGGAUCCCUGAAUACACACCAACACAUACACACAGGAGAGAAGCCUUAUAGCUGUGAUCAGUGUGGGAAGAGCUUCAAUCGUUCAGGAUCCCUGACUACACACCAACACAUACACACAGGAGAGAAGCCUUAUAGCUGUGAUCAGUGUGGGAAAAGCUUCAAUCAAUCAGGAGCCCUGACUAUACACAAACGCACACACACAGGAGAGAAGCCUUAUAGCUGUGAUCAGUGUGGGAAGAGCUUCAAUCGUUCAGGAUCCCUGACUACACACCAACGCAUACACACAGGAGAGAAGCCUUAUAGCUGUGAUCAGUAUGGGAAGAGCUUCAAUCAUUCAGGAUCCCUGAUUGCACACCAACGCAUACACACAGGAGAGAAGCCUUAUAGCUGUGAUCAGUGUGGGAAGAGCUUCAAUCAAUCAGUACACCUGACUAAACACCAACGCAUACACACAGGAGAGAAGCCUUAUAGCUGUAAUCAGUGUGGGAAGAGCUUCAAUCAUUCAGGAUCCCUGACUACACACCAACGCAUACACACAGGAGAGAAGCCUUAUAGCUGUGAUCAGUGUGGGAAGAUCUUCAAUCAUUCAGGAUCCCUGACUACACACCAACGCAUACACACAGGAGAGAAGCCUUAUGGAUGUGAUCAGUGUGGGAAGAGUUUCAGGAAUUCAGGACACCUGACUAUACACCAACGCAUACACACAGGAGAGAAGCCUUAUAGCUGUGAUCAGUGUGGGAAGAGUUUCAGGAAUUCAGGACACCUGACUAUACACCAACGCAUACACACAGGGGAGAAGCCUUAUAGCUGUGAUCAGUGUGGGAAGAGUUUCAGGAAUUCAGGACACCUGACAACACACCAGCUAACACACACUGGAGAGAAACCUUACUCCUGUCUAUGUGGAAAGAUCUUUGCUCAUUCAGGGUCUCUGAAAAAACAUCAGAGAAUUCAUACAGGGGAGAGGUCUUACCCCUGCUUUGAUUGUGGGAAGAUCUUCAGUCAAUCAGGAGCUCUGACUACACACCAACACAUACACAAAGGAGAGAAGCCUUAUAGCUGUGAUCAGUGUGGGAAGAGCUUCAAUCAUUCAGGAUCAAUGACUACACACCAGCACAUACACACAGGAGAGAAGCCUUAUAGCUGUAAUGAGUGUGGGAAGAGCUUUGCUCUAUCCGAAAACCUGACUACACACCAACGCAUACACACAGGAGAGAAGCCUUAUAGCUGUGAUCAGUGUGGGAAGAGCUUCAGGAAGUCAAGACACCUGACUACACACCAACGCAUACACACAGGAGAGAAGCCUUAUAGCUGUGAUCAGUGUGGGAAGAGCUUCAGUCAAUCAGGAGACCUGACUAUACACCAACGAAUACACACAGGAGAGAAGCCUUAUAGCUGUGAUCAGUGUGGGAAGAGCUUCAGGAAGUCAGGACACCUGACUACACACCAACGCAUACACACAGGAAAGAAGCCUUAUAGCUGUGAUCAGUGUGGGAAGAGCUUCAAUCAUUCAGGACACCUGACUACACACCAACGAAUACACACAGGAGAGAAGCCUUAUAGCUGUGAUCAAUGUGGGAAGAGCUUCAAUCAAUCAGGAGACCUGACUACACACCAACGAAUACAUACAGGAGAGAAGCCUUAUAGCUGUGAUCAGUGUGGGAAGAGUUUUGCUCGAGAUUUUACCCUGACUACACACCAGCUCACACACACUGGAGAGAAACCUUACUCCUGUCUAUGUGGAAAGAGCUUUGCUCAUUCAGGGUCACUGAAAAAACACCAGAAAGAACAAACAUGUCAUAUUUUAUCUCCCUCUGCUCCGGCACCGGUUCCAGAUCCCUAAAUAAUGUUUCAAUACAUUACUCUUUACAAUAUGUUUUCUAUCCCUCAUUCUCUAACAGUAUACUAAGUCUGAUUACUAUGGUAACCUGUGUAGCAUAAUAUGCAGCUCUGGAUCCAUAUGUAUCAAGCAUCUCGUAGUAGGAGUGCUGUGUGUGUGGUGUG